AUGAACAUCAGUUACAUUAAACCUUAUUUCUUUUUUUUUGAGGUGUUUGUCUCCAAAUUGCCUUUUCUUCAUUCCCGGGGCCCGUCGUCACCCGAGGUGGACGACGGACAUGAUCACUGGCAGCUGGAGUACUCAUUUGGCUAUAUCCUUUUUAGUUAUGGAAACGGGGACUCCCCCAGGAACGCAAUGCCCCCUGGGACUCUGCAGGAUGCUGAAGACUCAAAAAUUUUUACAGCUUUACUCCAAGGCUCCCCGGGAGAAACACUAAGGGGCCCGCGGAAGAGACCAAAGUCCGGCCUGGAGGGCCCCACCAACAGCAGUAGCCGCCUUGCACAAAAAGUACCUACCCACCUUCCGGCAUCAAGUGCAGCUUCAGAAGUGACAUGUGGGACGGCAGCCGAAGAAACAGCAUCAGAAGCAGCGGCACCUGAUGCAACAUCGGCAACAGCCUGCGGAGCAGAAGCCGCAGUGCCACAGGACGAGGCCUUGAGCCGCAAUCGAAUCAGUAGCGGCCGCCAUGGAGAGCGGAUCGAUUGCCCUAUGGACAACAGUCAUUCGAUUUAUGCUCUUCGUCUGCAGGCCCACCUAAAGAAGUGCACAAAAGCAAGAGACAUCGCUUUCUCGCACUGUCUCCCUUUCAUGCGACCCGGCGUUAAUUUGCCGCCGCAGCAGCAUUGUUAUCUGGAACAGAAGCAGCAGCAGGAGCAUGGCCAUCCACAGCGGCAGCAGCCGCAUGAGGACUACGUAGAAGGUCAGGAAACGGCAGCAGCCCUCACGUCCGAAUUAGAGGCCAAGAUAUCGGACGUAUACAGAUACGCCCUGAAAUAUUUGAGCAGCAUCCCUCCAAUGGAGGCAACAGGAGCAGUCAUGGAAGCAGAAAUGAUGGCGGCAGCAUCUCCUUGUGACUCAAUAGCACCCUUAGAAACUGCGGUAGCUCCUUGGAACUCCAGGAAAUCCCUGCCUGCCACAGUGUUCAUAUCGAACUGCUGCAACGGCGUUGUUGAUACAGACAGUGGCAACGAAGAAGAAGCGUUGCUGCUUCUGCGAGCAGCAGCAGAUGCAUGUAAAGUACCGUUGGGCACGGCGUCGGCAGCAGCAGGGGGGCUGGCCCUAGCAUCGUUGGAAGACGCCUUGGAGAAUGCUCUGCUGUUGCCGGAGCAACGCCGGUCGGAUGCGCUGCUGGAAGUGCUGCAGCAGUUGCAGCAACGGUUGAAUAAGCAUCAAAAGCAGCUGCUGCAGCUGUUGGCUCUGUGUCUUCUGCACAGCCACCUGGAUCGUUCACUCCUUGACGAGACACUGAUCGUAGAAUUGGGGGCAGGCAAAGCCGACCUGACGCGUUGGCUCUGCUGCUGGUCAGCCGCUGCUGUCGACGCAGCUGCACCACGCAACGUAGCAGCAGCAUCAGCAGGACCUGCACCUGGGCCAGACCCUGGGACAUCUGAAAUCGCGUCUCCUGGACCCGUUCAACGGCACCGAGGCGUUCGUUGCAUUGUCGUCGACCGUGAGGCACGGCGGUACUGCAAGGAGGCCAAGGAUAAGACGUUUCGCAAUCCUAAUGCCCCCCGAUCGCUGCAUCCUGCUGCUCUUGCUGCCGCUCAGCGACGUAACGCUGCUGCAUCGGAUGCGUCUACAAUCAUGCAGAAGAACAGGAGCAUGGAAAAUCCCCUGCUGGAAGAAGACAAGACCCCAGGGCGAGUUACCCUUACACUCUGUGGCACAGCUCUAGAGCGCACUGUUAGCGCUGCUGCUGCAGCUGUUGCUGCUGGAGAAAGAGCUCAAGACGCUCCUGUUUGGGGCAGCCCUGCGACCUGUGGGAUUGCUGUGAGCCGUAACGGCCCCGGAGGCAGCAGCAUCCAUGCGGCUCUGCCGGUGCCUCCGGUUCGUCUGCGAAUGGACAUUGCGGACUUUUCUCUGGUGGCGCUCGUUAAUUAUAUAACUUGCAAAGGCCCUUUACGCAUACCGCAUAUCCCUGGGUUCUUCAAGAAGCUGUUUGAGUACGGCUGCCGCUUCGCGGCCCCAGAAGCUGGGCUAGAGAAGGGCAACAACGAAGCUCACGGCUUCAGGGACAGAGCGGAAGGGCAGGUAAGACGUUCAUCAGCAAAGGAGCGAGAGACAAGUAACAUAAAGCAGGAGGAGCCAAUCUGUGCAGCCACGCGAGGACCCAAGCCAAGGAUGCUGCUUAGCAUUGAGGACGGCAGUGCCGAGGACUUCUUUGCAAUUGCCCAGACUCUGGGGGAGGGCGGGGGCCCAAGCAUGAAGAAAAUCGACGAACUCUUGGAGGAGCACUUCAGGGAUAAACGCACAUCAAGUGUACUCGGCGUUGCUAAACAUUUGUGUGGUGGCGGAUCAGACGUCGCCCUGCGAUGCUUUGCAUCGGCGAGAGACACCACGGACUCAAGACUCAAGUUUUGCAUUUGCAUUGCAACGUGCUGCCACCACCGGUGGGCUACUGGGGCAACCGGCAAAAAGCGCGAAAUCGGGAAUAUGGUGAAGAGAAUUUUGGAUAUAUCCAGGGUCUGGUGGUUGCGGGAGAAAGGAUUCACGACCGCUACCCUCCAACAAUUCGUCGAUUCCGAAGAAACGCCGGAGUGUUUUGCCAUCGUUGCUCACUCCCACUCAGGCAAUCUUCGCAAGUGA